AGGAAAAGGAAAAGGAAAAGGAAAAAAAUCGUGAAUCGUGAUCCAACAUAUGUGCCUCAUAUAGAAGAGGAGGGAAGGGCUGUUUCUUCCUCUUCCUCAAUAGCAAUCGAACACCGUACGCACACGGAUCGAGCUCACGCGUCGCUCGAUCGGACUGCUGCUCUAGAAUCUAGAUUCGCGCUCCCUCCCCUUCGGAUCCCCAGUCUCCCCCCCGUCCAAGCGAAGAUGAACAACGCCGAUGUGUCGAAGCAGAUCCAGCAGAUGGUCCGGUUCAUCCGGCAGGAAGCCGAGGAGAAGGCCAACGAGAUCUCCGUCUCAGCCGAAGAGGAGUUCAACAUCGAGAAGUUGCAGCUAGUUGAGGCGGAGAAGAAGAAGAUCAGACAAGAGUAUGAGCGCAAAGAGAAGCAAGUGGAAGUUCGGAAAAAGAUUGAGUACUCCAUGCAGCUGAAUGCUUCUCGCAUUAAAGUUCUUCAAGCUCAAGAUGAUGUGGUAAAUUCCAUGAAAGAAGCAGCAGCUAAGGACCUUCUGAAUGUUAGCCGUGAUCACCGUGUGUAUAAGAAACUUUUGAAGGAUCUCAUUGUUCAGAGUUUGCUGAGAUUGAAAGAGCCUUCUGUAUUACUUCGCUGUCGGAAGGAUGAUGCGCAUCUGGUGGAAUCUGUGUUGGAUUCAGCAAAGGAGGAGUAUGCACAAAAGGCAAAUGUUCAUCCACCAGAUGUUAUAGUUGACCAUCAUGUGUACCUUCCUCCACCUCCUUCUCACCAUAAUGCCCAUGGUUCUUUCUGCGCUGGUGGAGUUGUUUUGGCUUCCCGAGAUGGGAAAAUUGUAUGUGAAAACACCCUAGAUGCGCGCCUGGAGGUUGUAUUCCGUAAGAAGCUUCCCGAGAUCCGCAAGUGGCUCUUUGGUCAGGUUGCUGCGUGAUUUGUUGGACUGUGUUGGUUUCUGUCAUCCGAAUGUUAUUAUUUUUUUUUUCGAGCUUAGGGAUUGGAAUACACCGCCAUAUUUUGCAGUACUACUGUUAUCUUCGAACAUGUUCCUUGCUGUUGUCAUGUGAUGUGUAUGGAAUUGGAGGCGGGGUGAACACAUUCUUCUUGUCAUUCGUAUGAUUAUUGUUUAUUUAAUAAAAUCCAGCAGCUGGUUAUUAUGAGAA